AUGGCCACAGAGCAGGUGAGGGCGCAGCAUGACCCAGACCCACCCCCCGGACCCCAGCAGCCCCCUGUGGGGGUCAUGGCUUCCAGUAGUGGUGCUGAGGGGCUCCCCUUGACCAGGAGGAAAAGCAGCAAGAGGACGACGGGGCUCCGAGGGUCCCGGAAGGGCACUGGCAGCUCUGGGGAGCAGACCCUCACGCAGGGCCCCAAGGCCCUGGGGGGCAGCGAGGACCCCUCCAGGACUGGAGACGGGCAGGAGGGGCCAGCCUCUCGUCGCCAGUCCCACCGGCAUCGUCCUGCCCCCCGGCACGAUCCUGCUCAGAGGACAUACGGGCCCCUGCUCAACCGCAUCUUUGGGAAGGACCGCGAGCUGGGCCCCGAGGAGCUGGAUGAGCUUCAGGCUGCCUUCGAGGAGUUUGACACGGACCGCGAUGGUUACAUCGGCUACCGGGACCUGGGCGAGUGCAUGCGGACACUGGGCUACAUGCCCACGGAGAUGGAGCUCAUCGAGGUCUCCCAGCAUGUCAAGAUGCGAAUGGGUGGCCGCGUGGACUUCGAGGAGUUUGUGGAGAUGAUGGGCCCGAAGCUGAGGGAGGAGACGGCGCACAUGCUGGGGGUGCGGGAGCUGCGCAUCGCCUUCCGCGAGUUUGACAGGGACAGGGAUGGGCGAAUCACGGUGGCAGAGCUGCGACAGGCAGCACCGGCUCUGCUUGGGGAGCCACUGGUGGGUCCUGAGCUGGACGAGAUGCUUCGAGAAGUGGACCUCAAUGGGGACGGCACCGUAGACUUUGAUGAGUUUGUGAUGAUGCUUUCUACCCGCUGA